AUGGUGAAUGACGCCAUGGUACCGGAGGUCUCUGACAAAGGCCCAGUCACAGCAACCGGUGUUGGGAUCCCAUUGGAUGAAAGCUGGAUGGAUGUAUCUCGUGAAGAGUUACAGGGUUGCAACCUGAGUUGCAGAGGUGCAAACAGUAAACCGCUUGCAAACAUAGAUGAAUGUGUGGAUCUAACCAUGAAUUACUGUGCACCAUUAGUGAUUUGCACAAAUAUUAAAGAGGAGGACGAUGGACGAGGGGCAAGGGAAGAAGCUUUAAACCUUGGAUCAACACGGGUCGGGAACUUGGAGACGAGUUUCUACUUGACGGGAACUGUGGUUGGACCUCAUCCUCUUCCAAUCAUGGUAAGAGAGUUUCAAUCGGUAAUAGGAAAGGAAAUAAGGAGACAGGCAAUGGAGAAAUGGGGUGGUAAACCAGACAUUCUAGUUGCUUGUGUGGGGAGUGGCUCCAAUGCAAUGGGUCUGUUUCAUGAGUUCAUAGGCGAUGAAGAGGUGCGGCUGAUCGGUGUGGAGGCUGCUGGGCUCGGCCUUGACAGCGGAAGACACUCUGCAAUUCUAGCUAGAGGAGAAGUGGGUGUUUAUCAUGGAGCCAUGAGCUACUUACUGCAAGACCGGGAAGGGCAGAUAAUUGGGCCUCACUCCAUAGGUGUUGGGUUGGAGUACCUAGGGGUUGGACCAGAGCUCAGCUUUCUUAAAGACACAGGCCGUGCGGAGUUCUAUACUGUGACGGACCAAGAAGCUUUAGAUGCGUACCAUCGGCUAUGCAGAUUAGAUGGCAUAGUCCCCGCUCUGGAGGCCUCUCAUGCACUGGCCUUUCUAGAGAAACUUUGCCCUACUUUGCCCAACUGUACAAAGUUGGUAGUCAAUUGUAGCGGGCGUGGAGACAAGGAUCUUGCUACGGUCUUCAAACUCAAACAAGGAUUCGAUGAUGAAGUAACAAAUUCAUAA